UCAUACAAAUUGUCUUUUUUUGUCAUCACAGCCCACAAAAGCCCUUUGACAUCAUGACGGUCUCCUACACCCUUGAAGUGGCAAAUGCCAGAUUCGGUGGCUUCUCAAAGCUUCUGUUCAGAUGGAAAGGCAGCAUAUACAAGCUUCUCUACAAAGAGUUCAUUGUUUUUUGCAUGUUAUACAGCGUAAUAAGCGUUGUGUACAGGUGUUACCUUAAUGACAGACAGCAGAUAUUGUUUGAAAAAACAGUUCAGUACUGUGAGCAGUUUGCAAAUUUUAUUCCCAUGUCUUUUGUCCUUGGUUUCUAUGUCACACAGGCAUUCAACCGCUGGUGGGGCCAGUACACUAGCUUCCCACUGCCAGACAACCUAAUGAUGGUCGUGUCUGGCAAUGUCCACGGGAAAGAUGAGCAUGGCCGCCUCCUCCGCCGGACGCUGAUGAGGUAUGCCAACCUGUCCUCAGUGCUCAUCCUCCGGUCCAUCAGCACACGCGUACGCCGACGCUUCCCAACACUGGACCAUGUCGUAGAAGCAGGCUUCAUGACCCAGGAGGAGCAGAAGCAGUUGGACCAUUUGUACUCCGACUUCAACAAGUACUGGAUGCCCCUGACGUGGUUCUCGAACCUGGCGUCGCAGGCUCGCGAGGAGGGGCGUGUGAAGGAUGACAUUGCUCUGCGGCUGCUCAUGGAUGAGCUGAACAAGUACAGGGGAAAGUGCAGCAUGCUGUUCCAUUAUGACUGGAUAAGCAUCCCACUGGUCUACACACAGGUGGUCACCGUAGCAGUGUAUUCCUAUUUUGCCUUCUGCUUGAUUGGACGCCAGUUUCUAAACCCAGCCAAAAACUACAAGGGUCACUCUCUGGACAUGUAUGUCCCAGUCUUCACCUUGCUGCAGUUCUUUUUCUAUGCUGGCUGGCUUAAGGUUGGUGAACUGAUCAUCAAUCCAUUUGGUGAAGAUGACGACGACUUUGAAACAAACCAGCUCAUUGACAGGAACAUUCAGGUAUCCAUGCUAGCUGUGGAUGACAUGCAUCAGAACCUUCCCCUGCUUGAAAAGGACAAAUACUGGGUGGAAAAGUACUUUGUCCUUCCCUACACCACAUCCACAGCAGAUGAAACCCACAAACAAGCCUUCAUGGGCUCCACAUAUGAUAUGAGGCUAAUUGGAGAGGACCCCUCAGACACAGCUGUGAACAGCUCUGCAGUUAGCAAAUACCUGCCUGUACAUGUGUGGCCUCCAUCUAAACGCAAAUGUAAGAAACGCAGUAGGGUCAAACUACUGUGCUACCAAAGAGAGGAGUCAAAUGCUAAGAACACUACCAGUCUCUGCAAAAAGCCUACAGAGGUCCAGUGUGACGUCCAGUAUGUUCAGGAAGGGGGAGAUGAGGACCAGAGACAUGCAGGGGACGACACCCAUAUGGACACAACUACAGCCACCUAACAGCACACCUCCAAUACCACCACUUCACUACUGAAAGCCAACUGACACCUGUAACUUCAAGCCGUAUAUUCUGAGAACGGCAAUUAAGUUUUAAUUUGUAAUAUUUCCAAUAAAAUAAAUCCAAGUCCAUCCAUUUACAGCCUGAUUUUCUUUACAGUCAGGCCCAGACAACACCAUCAAAUCUAAUAAGUCACAUGGCAAAACACACGUGGAACCCACCGUUUCAGAAAUAGACAAUUGUUUGAGUUUGAACCGUUGUGCCAAA